CGAGAAAAUCAACAUUUUGCCCUAACCUACUGACAGUACUAGAACUACUGCUACUUUACUUCCUCAAAACAAAAACCUUGAUUGGAGCUAUGAAGAGCAUUUCCGAGCUCUUUGUUAGCUAGGCUUUCUAUUUGGUAGGAGAAAUCAACAUUUAGAGCAACACUACCAACACCCAUUUUCACCCUUCACGCAAAUUCUCACUCAAAUCCACCGUGCAAGAAAAUUCCCUUUUGCUGAUGACUCUUCAUCUUCAAGGUUUGUUUGCGCAUUGGAGCUUUCAACCUUCUGUAGUUUCUGCGUGUAUCGGUAAAUAUUAAGUGUAAACAGCAGAAACACUAUCAUGGCCGUUGAAUAUUUAAAAUCUUAUGAUUAUACGAAGGAGGAAAAGGUUAGUGCCGCAUCCAACAACAUCUAUCCAAUCGCUAAAGAUUGCAUUGGAGUUCGAAUUGUUGUGGCUGGAGACAAGGAUACGGGAAAAUCCUCCCUCAUCUAUGCCCUAGGCAUGACCGAGGUCGAUGUCGGGGAUGAGGACUACGAUGAGGUCUACGAUACAAAUUUCUUGAGCGUCCCAUCCUUAUUACAACCCUCGAAGUUACUGAUCAACUUUUUUCCUGAUCUGGUGCAAGCCACCAUUGUCGACACCUCUUCGAGUCAGAAAGAAUCUACCGUUGAUUCCGAACUAAAGAAUGCUGAUGCUAUAAUACUCACUUUUGAUUGUGCUCGACCUCAAACUCUUCAAAAUCUGAAACAAUAUUGGUUGAAUCGUGUCAGCAACUUGGAAUUGAAGACAAUUGCUGUUCCAUUGAUACUCGUUGGAUGUAAAAGUGAUCUGGCGUGUAAUCUUUCUACGGUCAAAUCAGAUGUAGAAAAAGUAAUGAAAGAUUUCCCCAGGUUCGAAAAGUACCAACUGUGUUCAGCAUUUCUGCGGGACAAUAUCGAUGCAGGUUUUUAUGAUGCUCAUAGAGCUGUUCUCUUUCCAGAAUUUCCUUUAUUUCUUCGGAAGUCAAACUAUGUAGCUCCAACGCCUCAAUUGACCGAAGCUUUGAGGGCCAUUUUUAAAAAGUGUGACGGUAAUGAGGAGGGAUACCUUAGCUCAGAUGAAUUGAAUGAUUUACAGGUUAAUUGUUUCAUGGCUCCUUUGCUCGAAGAGGAAAGGAAGGAACUUGGAACUAUAACUGAAAACGAAUUUAUAACUCUUAUUUGCAAUCAAUUUGGUCGUCCUGAGAUAAUAUGGACUUUACUUCGAAAGUAUGGAUAUGAUGAUGGUCUUGCAUUGCCUCCUGAAAACUUGCACUUUAUAGAUUCAAAGAUUUCCAAUGUCGGUCAUGGCAGCGCCAUGGCGAAUUUUCGAGGCAGAAUUUUGGCUUUCCGCCGUGGCCAAUUUAUUGAAGGAUGGCGGCACGAUGACGCCAUACUCGGAUAUGGCGGCACGAUUUGUUGGCCGGUAUGGCAGGUUUUUGGCUCUCCACCAUGGUCCACCAUCUACCAUCGACAAUGCUUGGAGCAUGCUCCGGAUCAGGAUCAUGACUGGGCGCCGACAGCCUUCAGAAGGCUGUUGUCAGCAAAACUGAUCAAGUUUAAAGAUAUUACAUCUCCGGUUGUCGAGACACAUGUAUCCCCAGCACCAACUGCAAAUCCUGGGAUCAAAAGAGAAAUUCCGGAAGAUCAACGGCGUGGACUCUUCAAGUGGAUCUUGGAAGAGAAGAGGAAGAUCAAACCGAAAGAUGCAAAGGAGAAACAGAAAAUUGAUGAAGAGAAAGCUCUACUUAAAAAUCUUAUUCGGUCUAAGUCAAUCCCGCAUAUCUAACGAUGAUGGUUAUCUUAUCUUUGUCCAAAUAAGAAAAAAUCAAGAAAGUUUUUGAAUUGGAAUAUACUUGAGUUGAUUCCAAAUAGUUCUCUUUUUUUUGGUUCCAUGAUUUGAUUGAUGAAGUUUAGAUUGUACAUUUGUUUAGAUUUGAGUUGAGGAUUCUCUAAUGUGAUAAUUUUUCAGAUGCAAAAUUUGGGAUUGGCUCCUUGGUUCUUUCUUACUA